AGGUAUUCGCAUACGAUCAUUGCUUCUGGUCAAUGGAUGAAUCUGUAAAAGAGAAAUUUGCAGGACAAGAUGUUGUUUUUCAGUGCCUUGGUGAGAACAUUCUCCAGAAUGCCUUUGAGGGAUACAAUGCUUGUAUCUUUGCCUAUGGACAGACUGGCUCAGGAAAGUCUUAUACCAUGAUGGGCACAGCUGACCAGCCUGGACUUAUUCCCCGAUUAUGCAGUGCCCUGUUUGAGAGGACGCAGAAGGAGGAGACCGACGAGCUCAGCUUCAAAGUGGAAGUUUCAUACAUGGAAAUAUACAAUGAAAAAGUUCGGGAUCUCCUGGACCCCAAAGGGAGCCGGCAGUCCCUUAAAGUUCGGGAGCACAAGGUCUUAGGCCCAUACGUGGAUGGCCUUUCCAAACUGGCAGUCACAAGUUACAAGGAUAUAGAAUCUCUUAUGUCGGAGGGGAACAAGUCUCGCACAGUAGCAGCAACCAACAUGAACGAGGAAAGCAGUAGAUCACACGCCGUGUUCAAUAUCAUCCUCACACAUACUAUUACUGAUGUCCAGUCUGCAACCUCAGGUGAGAAAGUCAGUAAGCUGAGUCUGGUGGAUUUAGCCGGAAGUGAAAGAGCCACGAAGACGGGCGCCGCAGGGGAGCGUCUGAAAGAAGGGAGCAAUAUAAACAAAUCCCUCACCACCCUGGGCUUGGUCAUCUCUGCCCUGGCAGACCAAGGAGCUGGGAAGAAUAAGAAUAAGUUUGUUCCGUAUCGGGACUCUGUGCUGACAUGGCUGCUGAAGGACAGUCUUGGUGGGAACAGCAAAACUGCCAUGGUGGCCACAGUCAGCCCUGCUGCUGAUAACUACGAUGAGACUCUUUCCACUCUGCGCUAUGCCGACAGGGCCAAGAACAUCGUCAACCACGCCGUAGUCAACGAGGACCCCAACGCUCGAAUCAUCCGAGAGCUGCGAGAAGAGGUGGAGAAGCUGCGGGAGCAGCUGACGCAGGCUGAGUCAAUGAAAGCUCCUGAACUGAAAGAUCGGUUACAGGAGUCGGAGAAGCUCAUCCAAGAAAUGACUGUGACCUGGGAGGAGAAACUGCGCAAGACGGAAGAAAUCGCUCAGGAGCGCCAGAAGCAGCUCGAGAGUCUCGGCAUAUCACUCCAGUCCUCAGGGAUCAAAGUCGGAGACAACAAGUGCUUUUUAGUAAAUUUAAAUGCAGACCCGGCCCUCAACGAGCUUCUGGUUUACUAUCUUAAGGAUCAUACACUAGUUGGGUCUGAUGAUUCGCAGGACAUCCAGCUGUGUGGGAUGGGGAUCCUUCCAGAACAUUGUGUCAUAGACAUCACCCUGGAGGGCCAAGUCAUCCUGACCCCAAUGAAGAACACCAGGACUCUGGUCAAUGGGUCAGCCAUCACUAACCCCACACAGCUCCAGCACGGGGACCGGAUACUGUGGGGGAACAAUCACUUUUUCAGGAUAAGUUUACCAAAGAAGAAAAAGUCAGAGCGGGACGAAGAGGAGCGGGACACCAGUAUGAGGAACAGCAGCAGCUUCGAGCAGCUGGAUGCAGAUGGAGACAGUUCCAGCGAGGUGUCCAGCGAGGUCAAUUUUAACUAUGAGUACGCUCAGAUGGAAGUCAUGAUGAAAGCGCUGGGAAAUAAUGAUCCCAUGCAGUCCAUUCUGCAGAGCCUGGAGCAGCAGCACGAAGAAGAAAAGCGCUCUGCACUGGAACGCCAGAGACUGAUGUACGAACACGAGCUAGAGCAGCUGCGCAGGAGGCUGUCCCCAGAGAAGCAGCACUAUCGGAGCAUAGACAGGUUCUCCUUUGGCUCCCCCAAUGCCCAGCAGCGCAUCAAACAAUGGACAGAAGAGAGGGAAGUGAUGCUGCAUCACAGUUUCAUCAAGCUCAGGGAACAAAUCGCCAAGGCCAAUCUGUACGUCCAGGAGGCCAAUUUCAUUGCUGAUGAGAUGGACAAGAGGACGGAGUACAAAGUCACCCUGCAGAUCCCGGCCUCUAGCCUCAACGCCAACAGAAAGCGGGACGAGGUGCUUAGUGAACCGGCCAUCCAGGUGAGGCGGAAAGGAAAAGGCAAACAGAUCUGGUCCCUGGAGAAGCUGGAGAAUCGUCUGGUGGACAUCAGAGAAUUGUAUCAGGAAUGGAAGGCUUGUGAGGAGGACAAUCCUGUAAGCCAGUCAUAUUUCCGGCGUGCAGAUCCUUUCUAUGAUGAGCAGGAGAAUCACAGCCUCAUCGGGGUAGCCAACGUAUUCCUGGAGUCCUUGUUCCAUGAUGUGAAGUUGCAGUAUGCCGUCCCCAUCAUCAAUCAGAAGGGAGAGAUUGCAGGACGUCUGCAUGUGGAGGUUGUCAGAGUCAGCGGAGACAUCGAUGACAGGAUUGGAGGUGGUGAGGAUGCAUCGGAUACUUCCACUGACAGUAAACCUCAGGAUCACAAACUGGUCUGUAUGGUUAAAGUGCUUCAAGCCACGGGUUUGCCGCAGCACCUCACCAACUUUGUAUUCUGCCACUAUACUUUCUACGGCCAGCCAGAGCCAAUAAAUGUGGCCUGAGGUGGACCCAAGUACAUCCUCGCCUGUCAGCAAGGAGCCCCAGUGCAUGGUUGUCUUCGAUCACUGCAAGGAGUUUUCCAUUAACAUCACAGAAGAUUUCUUGGAUUAUCUGGCUGAAGGGGCAUUGGCCAUUGAGGUUUAUGGACACAAGCAAAAUGAUCCCCGCAAGAAUCCAGCCCUCUGGGAUCUGGGAAUAAUACAGGCCAAAACGCGUACUCUGAGGGACAGGUGGAGUGAGGUCACCCGGAAGGUGGAAUUAUGGGUACAGAUAUUGGAAUUAAAUGAGAAUGGAGAAUACUGUCCUGUAGAGGUUGUCCCUGCUAAAGACGUUCAGACGGGAGGCAUCUAUCAGCUGAGACAGGGUCAGUCACGACGUCUUCAGGUGGAGGUGCGCUCUGUGCAAGACUCUGGAACAUUACCUCUAAUAGAAGAAUCAGUUUUGUUGGUUUCCGUGGGCUGUGUGAAAAUUGUCCAUGCAAAAUCAGGAAAGUCUCAAGAUGUACACCAGAUACUUAAACCUAUACGUCCUGUGUAUUCUGUAUUACAGGACAGCGGAGAGGAUAUUGACAGCUACCAGGACCGGGAUCUGGACAGACUGAAGAGGAAAUGGCUGAACGCUCUCACCAAGCGCCAGGAGUAUUUGGACCAGCAACUGCAGAAACUCGUCAGCAAGCCAGAUAAGACAGAAGAUGAUGCAGAUCGAGAAGCGCAGCUCUUGGAGAUGAGACUUACUCUGACCGAGGAGAGGAACUCCGUCCUUGUCCCUUCAGCCGGAAGUGGUAUUCCUGGAGCACCAGCAAACUGGACGCCAGUUUCUGGAAUGGAGACGCAUAUCCCUGUUAUAUUUCUGGAUCUUAACGCGGAUGAUUUUAGCUCUCAGGAUAAUCUGGAUGAACCAGAGGCGGCCGGGUGGGAUGCCACACUCACCAACGAAGAAGAAGACGAAUUCUUUGAUCUGCA